AUGAUAUCGACAGCGGACUCAACUCCUCAUGAGCUAGGGGUCACCGAUACCGUAGUUGUACAUACGCGAAAAGGCCGACAGAUCGCUUUGCCGCGUCUUCGUGGGCUGUUUUCCACUACGUCACCUUCUUCUGUAGCACGGCCAUCGACUGGCCGACUGGAAGAGUCAUUAUCAACCGGCGUCUCACCAAAGCAAUCUAAAACGGCUGCGAAACGCUUAAAGAUACGAGUUCUUUCAUGGAAUAUGCAUGACUCCUUGCCCAAGGGAGACUUGCAGGAGUUACUGGGAAAAGUCCCUUCUCAUAACAGUUCAAAUUCCCAACCUGGUAUACUUCCCAAUCUCCCGGAAGGUCCAGAUCAUCCGUUCCAUCUUAUUGUCAUAGCGGGGCAAGAAUGUCCAACAUCAUCCGGAAUACCGAUGGGUCUCGGAGCUGGCUUCAGACUACUAGAUAAAGACCGCGAAAAGUUAGACGAUAGCGAAAAGGACGCCGAUAAAGCGCGUCAGCAUAAAUUUGAUAGGAGCAAACACAGCAAGUCACAAGAGGAUAUGUCACCACAUGAGCACCCUGGCGGCUGGACUUCAAUGGUUGAAGAGUGGCUAUGUCGUGGAGGGGGUUGUUCUGCUCGGAAUGCUUCCCCAACAGUUUCCGACGUUGGGCACCCAAAACCUCUCAUACGACGCCUGUCAUCCAAGGAGCACCGUAGGGGCCCAUAUCAGCUACUGGCCAAGGAAAGACUGAUGGGUAUAUACUUGGCGAUUUACGUUCAUCGUGAUGUCAAGUCCUUGGUUCGAGGGACAUCUAAAUCUGCUGUCACUGCAGGUUUGAUAGGUGGAAGGUUAGGGAAUAAAGGAGGGGUUGGAAUUAGUGUCAAUCUUGAUGGGACCACUUUGUUAUUCUUAAAUGCCCAUCUGGCCGCCCACGAAGGCAACUUAAAGCACAGACUUGCGAAUCUAUCGAAAAUCAAGGCUGAACUUGAUGUGGAUGAUUUCCUGACAAAUGAUGAUUCCCGCUCUAUGGCCGAUGACAUUACCGACAAAUUCGACUAUUCAUUUAUCUGCGGAGACCUCAACUUUAGAUUGGAUAUUUCACGACUUCACGCUGACUGGCUUAUCUCUCGCGAGGGUAUACACACCCAUUUCCCAUGUGUAAUAUUUCUCUCACUUUUCCAAGAAUUCACGCAGGCUCUUGCAUUUGAUCAAUUGCGAAAAGUAAUGGAGGAAGGGACGGAAUUUUUAGGCUUUCAUGAGGGACCAAUAAAUUUCCCCCCAACGUUCAAGUAUGACGUGGCGCCCCAUUCUAAAUAUUCCAAAGGGCACGCAUCCAAACCAAUGCGCCUGGAGAGAGCAGGAGAUAAGUCGACCACCCUGACAGACUUCGAGGAAAGAGAGCUCGAAAACGGGGAGGCCAAUGAGACGGCAUCUAUGGUGUCAUCUACUUCAACAUCCGUCAAGUCUAAAGUAUGGGAUCGCGAAUCAGAUGGAGAAUGCGUACUCUCACCAUCAACGCCAACAAUGGCUACGUCGGGUAGCAAGGCUUCAUUCGCUUCCGCCGGCACACGCAAAGCCAAACUGAAGUGGCUCGCGCUGUUAUCUCCCUCGCUUAGUUCUCCAACCGCGCUGUUUCGUCCGAAACAUCAACAUGCGAGUUCACCACUCAGCGGUGUGGGAGAUUUCCCAUUGCCGCGAAAUUAUCACAAUUACAACCUCCAAGGUAAAAAUGGGCACGAUACUCGUCCACCGAUGAUACUGGUGGAUGCAAGCAAACCCAAUCCAAACAACGACGGAACACCAAUUUUAGAAGAGCGUGGCGUAUAUGACUCGUCAAAUAAAAGACGGGUACCAAGCUGGUGUGACCGAAUCCUCUGGAAAUCCACUGUUGUACCAGACCCCCUCCCAGAAGAAAAUGUCCCAGGACUUUCUGGCCGGAAACGACUUAGCAAUUUUUUUGCGAAUGCUUUCCGAACAUCCUCUGGACGAAUCGUUGUCGAAACCCCCAAAGACCCUCCCCGAGAUGGCGAAUUCAAACAAGAACAGUCAAUCUUUACCAAGCCUUCACUGCCGCCCCAGCCUAAAACAGCCCUAGAGAAGGGUGCACGCCAUCCACAACGAGGAAAUUCUGCUUUUGUUCCGCCUUCCACUGUCCCUAUACCAAUAGAUCAUCCUCGUGGGAGGCCUACUUCUCAUCUGUCUCCAAAAGAUGCGUUGCCUCGAGGUCCAUCGUCCGGGGACUCCUCUCGGCGACCCUCUCCUUUGACAGCACCUUCUCGAUGGCGCUUUAUCCCCUUUUUGUCACCGCCGCCGGAGUUAGAUACUGCGACAGGUUACGGCUCGCCCCAUCUCCCAUCCCCACCUAAACCACGUAAGGGUGACGUUGUGUGCCUCAGCUAUGAUACAUUGGACGACCGCGCGAUGCGAAGGUUAGAAGGUCGGAGCGACCAUCGUCCUGUGGUUGGUACAUACGAAGUUUACCUUUGA